AGAUUGAAGCCAAGAAGAAGAUUAGGAUCGACUACUCUAAAGUUCAGAGUGACGCUAGAUUUGCAGUAUUAGCCGAAGAGACAUAACUGUACAGUAAACAAAGGAAUGGGAAAGCAGGUGAUUCGCACGGACCACCUUAUCCUUGUCAAAAACUUGAAGCUCGCAGCCUCAUCAACAUUUGAGGUCCUCAUCAUUGUCUCGCAACCUCCUCUGUCUAAGACCUAGAACCACGUCCGCACCACCAAAUACACAGCCUUCAACCCCAGGACACUCACAUACGAUGGCAGAACCACCAUACAAACGCGCGCGCCGCCCAGACAGUAAGCAAAUGUGGGACGAAGCCGACCGACGCGCACCUCAAGCACCCCUCCCCUCCCGAGAACGAGACGAGCGCGAGCGCCCAGAUCGCGGCAAUGACAGGAGAGAAGACCGGAAUCGAGAUCGCAGAUAUCGCAGUCGGUCGCCGCGCGAUUCGAGAGGCGCUGGAGGUGGAGGUGGUCGAGAUCGUGAGCGAGGAGGACGCAGAGAUGAGCGCGAGAGAGAUACGCGGGAUGGGUAUGGUAGGGGAGGGAGAGAUCGGGAUGGUGAGGGUGAGAGGGGUGGUAGGAGGGAUUAUAGGGAGAGGGAUAGAGGUAUGUAUCCUACUGAAGCUGUCGCGCUUUGUCAUAGAGGGAAGUCUAAUGCGUUUUCGAAAGAUGGUGGAAGUGCGAGGGAUAGGGAUGGUGGUAGAGAGAGGGAUAUGAGGGAUAGGGAUUACAAGGAGAGAGGUAUGUGUUUGUCUGCCAGUACCAGUGCUGUCACCGACGAGGUGGCGUCUUGUUUCAGAGCCAAGCCUGACAAUGUUUUUCAAGAUGGUGGGAGAGAAAGCCGAGACCGACCGAGAGAGCGAUCGAGAGACAGGGCAAGGGAUACGAAGAGAGGUACGAGGAGUAGGAGUCCGCGACGGGAGAGAGAUAGAGAUUCUAGGAGAGAGGCUGAGGCCGAGAAGGAGAUACCCAAACCCUACCACGCCGAGGAGGAGUUCACCAAAGCGCGAACAGCAACUCCACCUGUCUCGUUCAAGGUCAAUUCUGCUGGAAAUGGACAGGAUCACGAGCGAAUGGAAGUCGAUGCAGAAGCUCAACCCGGCAAGAAAGGAAAGAAGGGCAAGAAGGCUGCUAAGCCAAUUGAGGAGGACGAUGAUCUGAUCGUGGAGGAUGACGGCAUGGCUGCUAUGCAGGCUAUGAUGGGUUUCGGCGGAUUCGGCACGACGCACCAGCAGAAAGUUGCAGGGAACGAUAUCUAUGCUGUCAGGAAGGAGAAGAAGACCGAGUACAGACAGUACAUGAAUCGGGUUGGAGGUUUCAACAGGCCUCUCAGUCCAAGCAGAGAAUGAUGAAUGAUGGGUUGAUGAUGGAUAACGUAUGCUGAUAUCGCUAUUCCUCUGCCUUUAUUAUAUUCCAUGGGAAGUGUCAGUGGAUUCUGGGAUGUAGUAUAUUUCAGACGGGCCCUUGUCAAUAUCCGCUUCUUAGAAGUGAGUCGUGGCUUUACCACCAAACUCAAAUGAUUGCUGCAAAACAAGAUAAAUUAGCUAUAUCCAAGGCACACUAGACAAGAAUUUUGUGCCAAAUAAAUAGAAGUUCCCCCAAUGAAAGAUGCACAUACAGAC